UCAGUGCGUGUGACUUGCCACUUCAAGGUGUAAGCCACGUCUUACCAUUUCGCCUCUCCAGUCACACCAUAAUCAAUUCGGUUUCUUUUUCCUCUUUCUGGUCUUUUUUUUUGGGUUGUCUGGUGGAACCCUGGUCCCAAAAAGGUGCACUUGAAACAAAAACAAAAGCACAUUGUUGGAGACGCUUGUGUUAUUAUUCUCGAAGUUUCUGCACGUACAAUGAUGUUUGAGACCAGCCAAGAUGACUUGCUGCUGUUUCCCUCUGAGGGUAGUGAUGAGGUGUUUUUCCCUGUGGAAAGCUUGGCUAGUGGGGGUCAGUCCCUGGCUGAAGCCUUGCUGCCAUUGGUUGAGUCUCCCUCUCCUCCUCUCAACCCCUGGCUCUGCUCAACACGCUACAAGACUGAGCUGUGCAGCCGAUAUGCCGACAGUGGUACUUGCAAGUAUGCUGAGCGUUGCCAGUUUGCUCAUGGCCUGCAUGACCUCCACGUGCCCUCCCGCCAUCCCAAGUACAAGACGGAGCUGUGCCGCUCCUUCCACACAGCGGGCUACUGCAUGUAUGGAAGCCGCUGCCUUUUCGUGCACAGCCUGAAGGAGCAAAGGCCAGUUCGUCACAGGCGCCGCAACGUACCUUGUCGCACAUACCGUGCCUUUGGUGUUUGCCCCUUUGGCACACGCUGCCACUUCCUGCAUAUUGAGGGUGGUUCAGAGUCUGAUUGUGCCGAGGAGAAAACCUGCGGUCCCCCUUCUUGCUCCAGUGAAUGGAAACCCCGCGGUGCCCUCUGCCGUACCUUCAGUGCAUUCGGCUUUUGCUUGUAUGGUACUCGCUGCCGAUUUCAGCAUGGCCUCCCAAAUAAUGUGAAGGGUAUCAAUUUGAGCCCGGCACCCUGGUCACCACAAGUGCUUGGAAGGGCCCUCUCUCCUGCUUCAGAUAUGCAAUCUUCCUCUUCCUCAUCCUCCUCCUCACCUCAGUCCUUGCUGGCCUCACCUGUGUUUCCUGAUGACUCCAGUCCAGUCACACCCCCGUCUGCAGAAGUUGUGGCAAACAACGCUUUUACCUUUAGCAGCCAGCACCUGAACGACCUGCUGUUGCCAUUGGCCCUUAGACUCCAACAGCUGGGACAAGCUUCUAACCUAAAUGCUGGUGUUCUUGACCAACCACGACUGCCAUAAUGUUAGUCUUAUUUUUAUAUAUAUUAGUGUAAAUAACCUUUUCUUGAAUUUUUAUUGAUGGCCUCUUUUUGUAAUUUAUUUUUUUUGGCCUUAGUUUGAGAUCUUGCAGUCUCAAAUGUAUUUUUUAAAUUUUUUUUUAUAUUUUUUUUUUCUUAAAUUGCUACUUUGCUUGUCCAGUCUGUCCCAAUGUGUGGCAAGUCAUAUAAUGAAGUAGACCAUUUGUAAAUUGUAUUUUAACUCAUUUGUGUGUGUAUAUGGAAACAUUGGGACAUGGUGUGAAUGUCUUAUUUAUGGAUUUUUAACUUAAAAUUGUGGUAAGUUAUUCUUUCAGGAUUGGCAUUGGUAUGCAUCCUUUUGAUCUUAAUAAAACCACUAGCCUUCGUUAGUGCUGUUCAAAAAUCAAA